AUGUUCUCACUUCCUCUUCACCGUUUCCUUCGAUUUAAUAUUUUGAAAGACACAAUGCAAAUUUUUCUCAGUCCCCCUCCUUCUAGUUCUUUGGUUCUUUAUUUUACCUUCUUUCUUUUACUCUCUUCCUAUCUCAAUUACUGUUUACUUCUUUUUCUAUUUUUUUUUUUAUCCACAGGCUCUUCCUUCUCUCUUAUACUCUUCAUUAAUUUCUUUCAUGCGUCUUAUUACUUUCUUUCUUCCUCUUCUGAUUCCGUCUCCUGCCUCUCUCUCUCUGUCUCUCUCUCUCUCUCUCUCUCUCUCUCUCUCGACGUCUUUCCAUUUUAUUUCUUUUCUGCUUCGAAUUCUUCUCCUUCUACUCCUCCCCCUUCUUCUGCCGCUGCUUCUUCUUCUUCUGUUCUUUUCCGAAAUGGUAAAUAUCAGUUAUUUUCGAUAGCAUUAUCUGCUUUAUUUAUUUUUCUUACGUUUUUUUUAACUCUAUCUGCAUUCUCUCUUUUUCUUUCUUUCUCUCUCACUCCUCUUUUUUCUCUCCCCCCUCUCUCUCUCUCUCUCUCUCUCUCUCUCUCUCUCUUUCUCAGUCUUCUUUUCCCCUCUCUUUUUUCUUGUCUUUCCCUCUACAUAUAUUUUCUUUUACUUUCUCACAGUUCCUCACUCUUUCUGGAUCUUUCUCGCCAUUUUCCUUCUUGCUUUCCAUUCCUUUUGGCUGUUAUUGUUUCUUUCUUUCUUUUAGCUUUCUCUCCUUAUUUUUUUGUUUAUUCUUUAUCCCAGUUCUUCUAUUUCGCGUUCACCAUUUCUUUCUUUCUUUCUUUCUUUCUUUCUUUCUUUCUUUUUGCAUUUCUUUACAAUUCUUCCCAACAUUCCCUCUUUCUUUCUUUCUUUCUUUCUUUCUUUCCUUCUUUCUUUCUUUCUUAUUCUGUUAAUUUUAUUCAUUCAUUCUUUCCUUUUCUUACUUAUUCCCUUUUACAUAAUUUGUUCCACUUCUUGCUUUCCUUUUUUGAUUUCUGGAAACUUCUUUUUUUUUUUUCCUUUUUUUUCUGUAACCUUUCUCAUUUUCCUUUCUUUUUACUUUUCUAUAACGUUUUUCUUUUUUCUUUCUUUUCUGUAACCUUUUUCUGUUUUCUUUCUUUUUUCUUUUCUUUUUCCUUUCUUUUUCUUUUCUUUUCUGUAACCUUUUUCAUUUUUCUUUCAUUUUUCUUUUCUGUACCCUUUUUCUUUUUCCUUUCUUUCUUUUUUCUUUUUCUGUUUUUCAUUUUUCUUUUUUUUUUUUUUUUCUGUGACCUUUUUCAUUUUUCUUUUGUCUUCUCCCGUAACCUUUUUCUCUUUCCUUUCUUUUUCUUUUCUGUAAACUUUUUCAUUUUCCUUUCUUUCUUUUUUUUUCUUUUUCUGUUUUUCAUUUUCCUUUCUUUUUUUCUUUCUUUCUUUUUUCUACUUUUGUUAUGUUAUUCAUCCUUUCCUUUUCUCCAUUAUCCCCUCUUCCUUAAUCUGUUCUACCUUUCUCUUUCAUUGUUUUCACUUCUUUUUCCUUCCUCUUUCGAAAAGCCACCAGAAAUGGGAGACCCAUCUCAGUCAGCCUCUCUUUAUUAUCGUUACGCCCUCCCUGUCUUUUUCUUUCUUUUCCCUAAUUUUAUUUUCAAUUCUUCUUACUUUAAUUCUAUCUCUUUCUCUUCUUUCUCAAUCUCAUUUCUUUUCUCUAAUUCCUUUCUCCUCUCUUUCUCUCUCUAUUUUCUCUCAUUCCAUCUCUCUUUCUCUCUCUUCUUUCUCUCCUCUUUCUUUCUCUCUUUCUCUCUCUUCUCUCUAUUUCUCACUCAUCCUCUCUUUUCUCUCUCUCUUUCUCUCUCAUUCACACCCUCUUUUUUCUCUCUCUUUCUCUCUCUAUUUUUUCUCUCUCUUUCUCUCUAUUGCUCUCUCUUUCUCUCUCAUUCACUCCCUCUCUUUCUCUCUCUAUUUUCUCUCUCUCUUCUCUCUCUCUUUCUCUCUCUUUCUCUCUCAUUCACUCCCUCUUUUUUCUCUCUCCUUCUAUCUCUAUUUUUCUCUCUCUCUCUCUCUUUCUCUCUCAUUUACUCCCUCUGUUUUUCUCUCUCUUUCUCUCUCUUUUUCUCAUUCACUCCCUCUUUUUUCUCUCUCCUUCUAUCUCUAUUUUUUCUCUCUCUUCUCUCUCUCUUUUCUCUCACAUCUCUCUCUCUUUCUCUCUUUUUCUGUCUAUCCUCUCUCUUUCUCUCUCUCUCUCUCAUUUUCUCUCUUUCGCACUCUAAUAUAUCAGGAUUCUAUUUGAAUGUUAGAACAGUGUUCUCUUUUCUCUCCCUUUCUCUUACAUCUCUCUUUUUUCGCUCUCUCUCUCUCUCUCUCUCUCUCUCUCUUUCGCUCUUUGACUGUUCUCCUUUCCCUCUAUUUCCCUCUUUCUCUCAUUUCUCUCUCUCUUUUUCUCUCUUCUCUCUCUCUUUUCUCCGCUCUUUCUCUCUCCUCUCUCUCUUUCUCUCUCUCUCCUUUCUCUUCUCUCUCUCUUUCUCUCUCUCUUGCUCUUCCACGUAUCAGCCUACCAUCUUCCAUCUCUUUCUGUCACUCUAUCUCACUCACUUACACACACACACUCGCUCACACACGUUUUUUUUCUCUCUCUCUCUUCCUAUAUUUCUUCCUCUUUUUCUCGCUUUCGAUAUCUCUCUCUCUCACAUUAUUUAUCUAUCUCUAUUUUCUCCUUUUCUCUCGCUUCCUCUCCCCCUCUCUCUUAUACUAUCUCUUUCCUUCAAUCCUCUUUCUUUUCUCUUUCUCCUUUUCUUUUUCUCUCUAUUUUGUGCUCUCUUUAUUUUUUUCUAUCUCUUUCUACCUCUCCACCUUUUCUCUCUUUCUUUCCCUAUCCCUCUUUCUCUAGUUUUCAUGCUCUUUGUUUUUCUCUUUUUCUCUCUCUUUCUCUUUGUCCUUUUUCUUGCGCAUUCGCUACCUCUCUCUCUCUCUCUCUCUCUCUCUCUCUCUCUCAUUCUCACUCUCUAUCUCUUUUUCUCUCUCUUUAUCCUUGUCUCUUUCUUUGUCUCUUUUCCUCAUUCGCUUUCAUUCUCUCUCUCUCUCUCUUCUCCUCUCUCUUUCUCGCUGUCUCUGUCUCUCUCUGCCUCUGUCUCUCUCCGUUUUUUCCACUUGGAUUUUUCUGGAGACAACUUGUUGUAA